AUGGCAACUAAACACAACUUCAAUAACCAUACGCUUAUCGAUUUCGACAAACUGUUGCUUGGUGAUUCAAGUGAAAUAAACUCUUUGCAAAGUGAAUUUGAAUCUCAUGGUUGGUGCUUUAUUCGAUUACCCAACAAACAUGGUAAACUAACCAAUAAACUCAACGAAAUAGAAACAACACUCUCAACCUUUUUUGCUCAAAAUCAAAAUGAAAAAUCCCAGUAUGAAUCAUACAAUGUCUUUGGCUAUUCACAUGUCGGUCAUAAAGAAGGUAUUAAAGUACUUAUUGAUGAAAAAGGUCUCAAGAAUUUUUAUUAUCGUGUAACAAACGAUGUAGAAAUUGUGUUGCAAUACCUAGCAACAUUACUUUAUAAUUUAACCAAUGUUUUAAAAAAUAUCAUGUUUCAAAUGCCAAUUUUCGCACGAAAUUCUAAUGAUAACAUGGUAGAAUUAUCGCCAUUUGGUAUGCUUGAUAUUGUAAAUUAUUUUAAUAAAAAAUCAGGAUCUAAAAACCAGCCUAAAAUUGGUCUAAAUACAGAUGAAGUCAAUUGUGUUCCACAUUUUGACCCAGGUCUUUUUUCAUUAAGUAUUCUAUCUACAUGUGAAGGUCUUCAGUUGCAUGAUCAAUUACAAGAUAAAUGGAUUGAUGGACCGAAUAAUUCUGAACUUGAUCAACAUUCUAUUGGUGUCAUAUGGUUAGGUGAAGCAGCAAGUAUUCUGACCAAGAAUCGUUUUAAAUCUGGUAUUCAUCGUGUUGUCUAUCCACAUAUGAUACAUAAACCACGUCUUACUAUUUGGCAAGAAAUUUGUACAAAAGCUCAAAUUGAUCCAUUACUUUCAAAGAAGGAUGAUCUGAUUUGUAUACCGAAUAAUACUAAUAUUCACAUGAUUAAUCAACCGAAUUCAGUACCAUUACGUGUUCGAUCUGGCGGUGAGAAGUUAAGGCCACCCCCCCCCCCUCCAAAAAAGUCACUUUUCGUCAAAAAAAUGAAAAUUGAGAUAAAUGCAUAG